UUUCAUCCGACGAAAGAAAUCAAAGCCAUACGAUCUGUACCCAACAAGAGAGACGCAACGGAGGUGAAAACAAAAAAGCAAGAGAAUGGCAGCCACUUCUUCCGCUCUUCGCAGCCACCUCAGCUACCAGCCCGUGCCCCUUAAAUUCGGUACCAGUGGUCGUCGAGGCUUAGUGGUCGAUUUGACUCAGCUGGAGAUCUACACGAAUGUCCUCGCGGAGAUUCGCUAUCUCCAAUCCCUCGAGCUGAAUGAAGGUGGAAUUAAGGCUGGCGAUGACUUUUACGUCGCAUACGAUCUGCGACCCAGCUCCACCGCCUAUGUCGAAGGGAACCGCGGAGGACUUUGCCAAGCCGUAGAGCAGGCCUUGAAGGAUACUGGCAUGCACCCGAUCAAUCUCGGCGCAAUUCCCACGCCCGCGCUGACCUACUUUGCCCUCAAGCAUGGCAAAGGCAGCAUUAUGGUGACGGGCAGCCACAUUCCCUUCGAUCGCAAUGGUUAUAAACUCAACACCUCUAAAGGCGAACUGCUGAAGAAGGACGAGCAGCCCAUUAACGAUAAUGUCAAGGUCGCCCGCGAGGAGCUGCUAUCACAGCCCUAUGCUGAGUCGCUCUUCAACCAGCACGGCAUGCUGCGCAGCGCUCGUUCCGACCUGUCUCCAGUUGCGCCAGAAGGUAGAGCUGCGUACAUUCAACGGUACGCUGACUUCUUCAAGGGCGAAACCCUUGAGGGCAAGAGGCUCCUUGUCUACCAGCACUCCGCCGUUGGCCGUGACGUUCUCGUGGAAAUUCUCCAAACGCUUGGGGCGGAAGUCGUCUCUGCCGGCCGGAGUGAUACAUUCGUCCCAAUUGAUACUGAAGCCAUCGAUCAAGCACAGUUGGACACGGUACAGAAUCUUUACGACAGUACAGGGCAGACAUUCGACGCUGUCGUGUCUACAGAUGGCGAUAGCGAUCGCCCGCUUAUUCUAGCUCCCGAGGAUGGCAAGCUCCGCUUCUUCGGUGGCGAUCUUCUCGGCAUGACGGUCGGUGAGUUCCUAGGCGCCGACUCCGUCGUGGUCCCAAUCAGUACCAAUGAUGCCAUUGAUCGUGGAUCUCUGGCCAGUGUCACCGAGCCUAAGACGAAGAUCGGUAGCCCCUAUGUGAUCGCUGGUAUGCAGCAUGCGCUCUCCAAGGGCCGUCAGCGCGUCUGUGGCUGGGAGGCCAACGGUGGCUUUCUCACCGGUUCCGAUAUUAAGCGCAACAGCAAUGUCCUCACUGCGCUUCCCACUCGCGAUGCCGUGCUACCUCUGCUCUGCGCUCUGUUCGCGGCGCGCAACCGCGGUAUCACGUUACCGGAACUUUUUGCUACACUCCCUAAGCGUUCUAGCCGCGCUGCAUUGAUUCGCAACUUCCCUCGCCCAACAAGCAUGAAAAUCAUCGCACGCUUUUCCCCACCGGAGCCUAGCAUCCAGGAGGUGUCGUACGGUGCCCAGGUUCUCGCGUAUGAUGCCAGUCAUGCCCAGGUUACGGUGACGGAGCCUCAUGCUCAGCACUUGGACCAGGUCCGCCGAGAGCUGGAGACCGUCUUCUCCGCAAACUCUGGAUUUUCCUCCAUCGCCCGGCUGAACUACACCGACGGAGUCCGAAUCAUCUUCGUUAAUGGUGAUGUGGCACAUUUCCGACCAUCCGGAAAUGCCGAUGAACUUCGCAUCUACGCCGUUGCUGAUACGCAGGAACGUGCCGACGCCAUUGCGGCUGCUGGUGUCGCGGAGCCUAAUGGCCUUCUGAGGCAGUUGGAAUGCCUAGUGUAAGUUGGUGCAGGCAUUUUCUGGUCAGCAUACGUUUCUCUUUUAUUCAUGCAUCACGGUGUAAUAUCUUGCGGUGAAUAAUAUAAUGAUGGCGUAGAGGAUACGCCGAAAUAAUUGCAUGCAGUAUUAUGAUUUCUGAA